UGGGUUUGCGGUGUGGUGAAAGUGGGAAUGGGAAAUCCACAACACGCAUUGGCAAUUACCAGUUUACGUGUUGCGUGUGUUGUUAUAACUAUUGUGCAACUUUGGUCCAUAAAUCGUGCAGAGAGUAUAUGAAUUUCGUAGUACAGCCAGAUCUUCGUCUAAGUUUACACGCUUCUAUAUUAUUGAACAAUGUCCGGUGAACGAAGUACUCAAAGUAGUGAAUUAGAGCAACAAGCUAAACCAGAAGUAGUACCGACUAACAAUGAUACAGACGAUGUUAAGAAACCAGCCAGUACUUUCGCAGAUUGGUGGCGUGAAAGGUGCCGCAAGCUACCUUCAAGACAUCACGACUGUUAUUAUGGAGGUUAUGUUUCAGGAUUAUUCAUCAACAGAGCUAUGAGCUUAAGUAUUGGCAAUUGCAAGGAUGUUGGCGCACUUUUUAGAUUGACAAAUUCCUAUCUGCUCGUUUGCGAUGAACAAGAAUCUAACAGAUUUCACGGUUAUGUUGCUGACAUUCCUGUAGUGAAAACUUCAUUGGCUGGCUGUAGAGUUAUAGGACGUAUGUGUGUAGGGAAUAAAAAUGGUCUCCUCAUUCCAGAAGCAACCACAGACUUGGAGCUGCAACAUUUACGACGUGAAUUACCUGAUUCUAUUGAGGUUAGAACACUGGAAGACAAACUGUCUGCUUUAGGAAACGUGAUUGUGUGUAAUGAUCGUGUUGCUUUGAUCCAUCCAGAUUUAGAUAAAGAGAGUGAAGAAAUUAUUGCAGACGCAUUACAAGUUGAGGUUUUUCGUUACAUCAUAGCCAACAAUUCUCUCGUGGGUUCAUACUGUGUUAUGAAUAAUAAUGGCGCCAUGGUGCAUGCAGAUGCAAGUGAAACUGAACUGGAAGAUUUGGCAUCACUUCUAGAGUUACAGUUAGCGACUGGGACAGUCAAUAGUGGGAGUAAAGUUGUGGCAUCCGGAUUAAUCGCAAAUGAUGAGUUUGCUUAUGCAGGAAAGGACACAACAUGUGAAGAAUAUGUGUCUAUUGAAAAAGCUUUACAGUUUCCGAUUCAUAGAUGUAACUACUAGUUACAGUUAACUCAUGACAAUAUUGUUCUUCCCUUGUCCUUUGUUUUACAUUGUAACUAUUAACGGCUGUGAUAAUUAUAUAUUUUUUGUAAAAACUA